UUCCCUUUGUUCUGCUCUGCUUCAAUCGUUCGAGAAAAUGGCAUUAGAAAGUCAAUUUCUGCAAAACGUGGUUGUGUUGAGGCACGGCGAUCGGAUUGACCAUGCAGAUCCCACUUGGGUAUUAUCGGCUCCCAGGCCUUGGGAUCCAUACCUGACCGAAGGGGGUAGGAUGCGAGCAUUCUCCACCGGAAGAACACUGAGAGAGAAACUUGGGUUCCCUAUUCACAGAGUCUUUACUUCUCCUUUCACCCGUUGCCUCCAGACUACUAAUGAGGCCGUCUCUGCUCUCUGUGCUAUUCAUGAUGAUGGUUCCCAGGUUACCGGCGAUAACAUUGAAAUCGAUCCUUCAAAACUCAAGGUCUCUAUUGAGUAUGGAUUGUGUGAGUACCUAAGUACCGAAGCCAUCAAAACUGAAUUUCUUCCAAAAGAUGGCAAGUUUGUUUAUGAAAUCUCAAAGCUUGAAGAGAUGUUACCAGCUGGAACAGUGGAUAGCUCUGUUGAACCUGUUUACAAAGAGUUGCCAAAGUGGGGGGAAUCGAAAACUGAUGUUAGGGACCGGUAUAAACGGGUUAUUAAGGCUCUUGCAGAUAAAUAUCCUCACGAAAACUUGUUGCUUGUCACACAUGCGGAAGCACUUGUGGUUGCUAUCACUGCAAUACUGGAGGAUGUAACCACGCCUACAGUAGACUAUUGUGCAUAUCUGCAAACCAGAAGAGUAGCCUCAAUCAGCGAUUGCGAGACAUUAAGUGCCAAAGAGUUUGAAGUAAUCGGCAAUUCUGGCAUGCACUACGAUACUGUGGGCACAUCUUAGCAUGUUAAUGGAGACUUUCCCUCUGCCAUUGGCUGUUUAUUUUCUUACUAGUUAAGAACCCAUUGAAACUCAUAAUAAUCACUCAUUUUUUCAGAGAGAAUUUGUGAAAUUUAUAUUGCUUUCUGUUCUUACUACUUGAAAUAGAAAAAAGGAUCUGGUACAA